GAGUCCCUGCAGUCCACACACCUGGAAUAUGGCGGAUCAGUCAUCACUGCAAGCCCAGGAGUGGGAGCUAUGACUACAGAGCCCACCAAAGAUGGCCUCCAGGAACCCAAUGGUGACACUGCCAGAACCACCACAGACAGUGCUGCCACCACCAAAACCACCACAGACAGUGCUGCCACCACCAAAACCACCACAGACAGUGCUGCCACCACCAAAACCACCACAGACAGUGCUGCCACUACCAAAACCACCACAGACAGUGCUGCCACCACCAAAACCACCACAGACAGUGCUGCCACCACCAAAACCACCACAGACAGUGCUGCCACCACCAAAACCACCACAGACAGUGCUGUCACCGUGACCCCUGCAGGCAGUGCUGCCACCAAAACCACCACAGACAGUGCUGCCACCAAAACCACCACAGACAGUGCUGCCCCCGUGACCCCUGCAGGCAGUGCUGCCACCAAAACCACCACAGACAGUGCUGCCACCAAAACCACCACAGACAGUGCUGCCACCGUGACCCCUGCAGGCAGUGCUGUCACCAAAACCACCACAGACAGUGCUGCCCCCGUGACCCCUGCAGGCAGUGCUGUCACCAAAACCACCACAGACAGUGCUGCCCCCGUGACCCCUGCAGGCAGUGCUGCCACCAAAACCACCACAUACAGUGCUGCCCCCAUGACCCCUGCAGGCGAUGCUGCCACCGUGACCCCUGCAGGUGGCAGCAAAUCCAAUGCAUGCAAAAAAAUUGUGGAUACGACUAAAACUACUGUGAGCGAGCCGCCUGCCGAACCCACAAAGACGGUCCUGGACAAGGAGCUGGAAGCGUUUCUGUCCCUUGGCCCCGCGGAUCCUCCACCUCAUGACGUCCUCAUGAUCCAGUCAGAGCCGAACGGCACCGUGGACAUCUUAAAGGCUGAUCCAACCCUGGAAGACCCCAACAUGACCACCGGGAAAGGUCCUCCCCCUCCCCUGAAACCAGCCACCACCUGGACCAGCGCCAACCUGCGGGAGUUCAAGCACCGGAUGGCGAGUGAAAAGCAAAGCCUGCUGACCAUACGGAGGGGGGAGGUGCUGACGGUCCGGGUACCUACACACCCCGAUGGGAAGCGGCUGUGCUGGGAAUUUGCCACUGACGACUAUGACAUUGGUUUUGGGAUAUAUUUUGACUGGACUCCGGUGACCAGCACAGCAGUGACUCUUCAGGUCAGCGAGUCCAGCGAUGAUGAGGAGGAGGAAGAAACAGAGAGUCCCUGGCACAGCCGGGAGGGAGACGUGGAGCGGGGGUCGGUGUACCGCCUGCGCAGUCGAUAUGGGGAAAUCAUGCAGGUUUACCGCAGAGACAGUCACCGCGAGGUCCAGGCAGGAAGCCACGAAUAUCCGGGGGAGGGGGUGUACCUCCUAAAGCUGGACAACUCCUACUCCCUCCUGCGGAACAAGACUUUGUACUUCCACGUCUAUUACAGCAGCUGAGGGGGAAUAAGGCGACUCUGAGAUUUGGGCUGGAGUUGCCAGAGGCUUUCUACUCCAAGGUCCUGUGCUACGCGGCUUACAGCAUCUUCUCCCCGAAACUGAAGAAAUUUGAGCACACCUCAUGGCCACACCUAGAGGACAUGACAAGAGAACAGACACCUCCUGUUCAUCUGCAGGGUAGUCCCUUGAAUAUCAGUAGCACCUACUGCACAUCCGGAAGACAGUGGACCAAUACCAUAUGAAACGGAUAAAGAGGAAACAAAUGCAUCCUGACUACAUUUAUAUAAAGCAUUUUCACUAACAACAGAUUUGACUGGACUGGUGAAUUUUUGGAGAAAAGAACAAGAUUGGCUAGGAUAUACACUUCCCUAUCACCAGGAAAUCCUGACUACAAACAUUUUACAUGACUAGCACAUUUUUUAAAGGCACAGAAGUGGUUAGGCACAGAAUUAGGAAGGUGUAUAGAGAAGUUCACGGCUUAUACCAGUCAACUAAAGCAUAGUGGUUUCUUCUUGGCAAGACGCCAGGCACAUGACUUGAAGGUUGCUUUAACUCGGUAACUUGAAGAACAUAAAGUUAGGCAGUCCUAGGGUAUUGCGCUUAAUGACCUACACAGGCUGGCGAGGGGUACACAGGGUCCGAGAGAGUUCAUGAGCAAUGUUUGUUCAUACUCUGAGGUGUUUGGGGACAAGGGGCAAACUAUCAUAGAAACAAUGUAAGAGUCUUUGAUAUGAACUAAAUAUUAGAUAUAUACAUAAAUAAGCAUAGUAAACAGAAACAUUUAGUCCCGGUACCAGGCAGGCAGCAUUCCUUGCGUGGACCUCUGCAAUCUUCUCAACAUCACCUCUCCUAGAUCAGCUUAGCCCGCAGGUCGGGUACUGGUUCUGGUUCUGCAGAGGCUUCAGGAUCUAGAGGUGUGGCAACAGUGCUCUCUGCUGACAUCUCUGCCUGUCUCGGGAACUGCACCGAGUAGAAGAG